GCGGUGCUGUUGCCCACAGCGACCAAGCUGAUUUUCCCGUACUAUCUCUGCUGAACAGACUAUUUAGAAAGCAAGCCCACGGAUUGCUUUCGAAAGGAUUAACAAAAUGUCACUAUUAUCUGAAAGACAGCGGGAGGAGCUGCAUAAAUCUAUGCUCGAGUACCUUCACGCCAACAAUUUCACGGCAGCAUACAACGCCCUCAAAGCAGACUCUGGAACACAAUAUGCACCAGAUCCCAAGGCCAAAUACUCGGGGCUUUUGGAGAAGAAAUGGACCAGUGUUAUCCGUCUUCAGAAGAAGAUCAUGGAUUUGGAGACUCGUAAUGCAUCGUUACAAGAAGAAUUAACCCUUGCGCCUUCCAAACGCGCCGCGUCACAGACCGACUGGGUCCCGAGGGCACCAGCUGCGCAUGUCCUGACCGGACAUCGAUUACCUAUCACCCGUGUGGCAUUCCACCCUCAAUAUUCACUCUUAGCUUCUGCAUCCGAAGAUGGGACUGUCAAGAUUUGGGAUUGGGAAACUGGCGAAUUCGAGAGAACGCUGAAGGGGCACACCAAAGCUAUUCAAGAUGUAGAGUUUGAUCACAAGGGUCAUCUAUUGGUGACAUGUUCGUCUGAUCUAUUUAUCAAGAUAUGGGACUCUCAAAAUGAAUGGCAGAACACGAAGACUUUUGCAGGACAUGAUCAUUCCGUGUCAUCAGUUCGAUUUAUGCCCGGGGACCAGCAUAUUGUCAGCGCCAGUAGAGAUCGAACAAUCAGAAUUUUCGAUGUCGCCUCUGCACAUCUUGUUCGCACCAUCUCUGGUCACUCGGACUGGGUGCGUUACGUAGUACCAUCCGAGGACGGCCGCCUUCUCGCUAGUGCCUCUAAUGACCACACUGCUCGCAUAUGGGACCCGCUUUCAGGCGAGUCUAAGAUGGAGCUCAGAGGACAUGAACACGUCCUCGAAGUUAUCGCCUUUGCGCCAGUUUCCGCAUACACCGCAAUACGAGAAUUGGCGGGCAUCCCUAACACUGACCGUUCGAAACGACCUGGCGCUUACGUAGCGACAGGUUCUCGGGAUAAAACGAUCAAACUAUGGGAUACCCAAAGUGGUCAGAUAUUGAAGAGUCUGGCGGGCCAUGGCAAUUGGGUUAGGGCCCUUGUCUUCCAUCCUUCGGGGAAAUUCCUGCUUUCAGCAUCAGACGACAAGACAAUCCGUGUGUGGGAGUUAUCUACGGGGCGUUGUAUGAAGACCGUCGAUGCGCACGGGCACUUCGUUACGACCCUCGCUUGGGGACGGCAAGGGUCGUCCAGUGGUCCGUCGGCGAAGAUAAAUGGCGUGGACGGGGUAGACGGCAAGUCAGGCGAACCCGAGAAGCUUAUCAAUGUAGUGGCAACUGGCAGUGUAGACCAAACAGUGAAGAUAUGGCUCCCAUAAGAGAUUGUUGAUGCAUCAGUAUUCAAGUUCUGGGUGACAUGAACUGUUUCUUUUACUCGUGUUUUGUAUGGUUCUGGCUAGAUGCAAACAAAUGACGUGGAAUUUUCUUUUUUCUGAUCGUGGCCUAGAGAGCCAAUAGCAGCAUUCUUUACGACGCGCACCAUGCGUAUAUCUCACGAUCCUUCACACUACGACCACUUUUACACAUCGUUAAUAUUACUUUUUUUUUUCAGUAUACCCUAUGUUACUUCUAUAUUUCAAUUGUAACAUUUCUGCAAAG